AUGUCAAUAAAUGGUUUAAAAAUAUUCCGGAAUGUCGUCGUUCACCGAUUUUCUCCAUUAUUACCAAAGAAAAUUUUUUUGUCUUCAUUAAACAGCUUGGCUUUAAUGCAGAAACGUUCAAUAGUUCAUAAAAAUUCGUUAAAGCUCGAUGAAGAGACGUAUCCUGAGCCAUGGCCAUAUAAAGAAAAAGGAUUUUCUUUUUUCCAUGCAAUUUUCGAUCGUACACAACCUAGGUUUCAUCAGAAUUCGAAGCUUAUUGUUGUUGAAGGAAAUAUUGGUUCUGGAAAGACACACACAGCGAAAGAAAUCGCUGAUCAGUUAGGAUUCUACUUUAUGCCGGAAUUUAAAAUGGAACAUAUUCUUAUCGAUCGUUAUGGAAAUGACCUAAGAAAUUUCUAUCAUUUGAUUCCUCAAUCAUAUCGUGUACCAGAUAUGGAAAUGUUUUACAAAAAUCCGGGUUCGAAUAUGACAGCUGUUAUGUGUAAUAAAAUUUUUCAAUGCCGUUUCGAGCAAUAUCUAAACGCUUUAGCACAUAUUUUGAAUACUGGACAAGGUGUCGUACUUGAGCGAAGUCCAUUCUCAGAUUUCAUUUUUAUUAAUGCACUGCGAUCUAAAAAUUAUAUUGGACCUGAAUAUUUCAAGCACUAUUACUAUGUACGAAAAAAUGCUUUAGCAAAAUUAUUUUUUUGGCCACAUCUCGUAAUAUAUUUGGAUGCGCCAAUUGAAACUUGUCUACAAAAUAUACGAAAUGAAGGAAAUAUUGACAAGGCAGCUGUUGCUGAUGCAUCUUUUAUUUCGAUAAUUGCCGACUCUUAUAAGGAUUGCAUAAAGGAAUUCAGACCACACUCCAAAAUAUUGGUUUAUGAUUGGACAAUGCCUGGUGAUACCGAUCGAAUCAUCGAGGACAUCGAAAAUAUCGAUUUCGACUUCUUUGAAUGGCAUAGUGGCGAUGUUUUCGAAGAAUGGUUUACGACAAUUGGUGAAAUUGCAUGGGGAGGAUGGCGUAUUUAUGUUACAUCAAAAUUCGAAGCGUAUAUGCGUGCGUUUGGGGGUAUACCCACUCAUGAAGUAAACGAGUUAUAUGUUAAUCCGCGAGACACGGGCCAUUUUUUGAAUGUCAUACAGAAAGAGGUUUUGAAAAGCCCAUAUACAUAUGGUUAUAAUCCGAAGUAUGGUGAUUCUAUUUUUGCUGGUUUUAUAGUUGGUGGUGGAAAAGUUUUAUUGCCAGAACCCUGGUUAGUUUCAAUUUUUUUCAAAUUUCGUUAG